AUGGGUUUUUUCAAGACACUCCUUCAACUCAUCUUAAAGAAUAGUGCGAUCACUAUCAUAUGUGUGAUAGCGUUUUCAUCGCGGUUAUACUCUAUAGUGAAAUACGAGGCAAUCAUUCACGAAUUUGAUCCGUAUUUCAAUUUUAGAGCAACUAAAUACUUGGUCGAGCACGGACCUACUGCUUUCAUGAAUUGGUUUGACCCAGACAGUUGGUACCCGUUGGGUCGUAACAUCGGAACCACCGUUUUCCCAGGUUUGAUGUUCACAAGCGCAUUCAUCUUCAAGUUUUUGGCCUUUUUCAAUUUGAUUGUGGAUGUACGACUGAUUUGCGUGUGCAUGGGCCCAAUUUACUCGGUUAUUACAUGCAUUACGGCUUAUUUGUUUGGUUCAAGAGUUCAUUCUGACAAAGCUGGACUCUUUGCUGCUGCGUUGAUCUCUGUAGUUCCUGGCUACAUGUCCCGGUCUGUAGCUGGUAGUUUCGACUAUGAGUGUAUUUCUAUUACCAUUUUAGUGCUCACGUUGUACUUAUGGAUUGAAGCCGUGCACAACAACUCACCUAUUUUAAGUGCCAUGACUGCUCUUUCAUACUUCUAUAUGGCAAGUUCAUGGGGUGCUUAUGUCUUCAUCAACAACAUCAUUCCUUUGCAUGUCCUCAUUUCGAUAUUCUGUGGGUAUUACAGCAAGAAGUUAUACAGCUGCUACUCCAUUUACUACAUCUUUGCCACGAUUUUAUCAAUGCAAAUUCCAUUCAUUAAUUACGUUGCAAUUCGAUCAUCUGAGCACAUUGGUGCGUUUGGAGUCUUUGGUAUUUGUCAACUGAUUGAAUUAUACAAUUUAAUUAACAAACUCGUUGGGCAAAAGAAAAUACUCGAAGCAGUCAAAAAAGGCCUUUUAAUGUUUAUUGGAUUUGGUAUUGUUGCGGUGAUAGUUCUGAUUAAACAAGGAUACAUCAGUGCUUGGUCUGGGAGAUUCUAUGCACUCUUUGAUCCAACUUUUGCUAAAAAGAAUGUCCCACUCAUCGUGUCUGUCUCGGAACAUCAACCGGCAAAUUGGGCGUCAUACUUCUUCGACCUCCACGUACUCAUCGUCAUCGCACCAGCGGGGUUAUAUUACUGUUUCAAGAAGUUUGACUUCAAUAUGCUCUUUUUGAUCAUCUACUCAGUCUCGGUGUUUUACUUUAGUUGCGUCAUGUCACGUCUUGUGCUCAUUUUAGCGCCAGCAAUUUGUUUGCUCUCAGGUAUUGCACUUGCCGAAUUUUUCACGAAAAUCGAGAAACAAAUGGAAAAAGUCCUCAAAAUAAUUUUUACUAAAAAGGAGGAGAAGGAAGUGAAUGCCAGUGAAGAUAACACCGAACAGAAAGUCAAAAAGGCGAUUCAGAAGAACAAAGAAAAGAAGGAGGAGAAGAAUGCAUUUACAGAAACACUGGGGUUUGUCUUGAUGGCAAUUGUUGGUGUUCUCUUGGUCAUCUUCUUGUUCAAGUUCUUUGAAUAUUCCAUUCAAAUGAGUAACAACUACUCCUCGCCGUCUGUUGUGUUGUAUGGAAAUAACGGAGGAAAACAAAUCACAUUUGAUGAUUAUCGAGAGGCCUAUAGAUGGUUGGCACAUAACACGCCAGAAGGAAGUCGAAUUAUGAGUUGGUGGGAUUACGGAUAUCAAAUUAGUCAUUUAGGAAAUAGAACAGUUAUUGUCGAUAAUAACACGUGGAACAAUACACACAUUUCGUUGACUGGAAACGUGAUGGCGUCGCGUGAAGAGGUGUCGAUGAAGACUAUUAGAGACUUAGAUGUCGAUUACUUGCUUGUAGUCUUUGGAGGAUAUUUGGGAUACUCUUCUGAUGAUAUCAAUAAGUUCAUGUGGAUGAUAAGAAUUGGCGCAGGAGUUAAUCCAUCACUCGAUGAGAAUAAUUAUUUCAACAGAGGACAAUAUACUGUUGGAAAUCCAACUGACACUUUCAAAUAUUCGAUGAUGUAUAAAAUGUGUUACCACAACUUCUACAAAGCUUCUAAUGGGUACCGACCCGGAAUGGAUAAUGUAAGAAGAGAAAUGAUCACCGAGCAAACGCGUUUCAAUAACAUCGAAGAGGCAUUUACAUCAAAGCAUUGGGUCGUUAGAAUUUAUAAAGUCUUGAAGCCUAAUGCAGUCGACUCUUUACUCUAA